AUGGGUAAUUCCAUCGCACAAAGACCACAAAGAGAAAGCCAAUCCACCGGAAAAGUGAUCCUCUGGGACGGCUCGGUUCACGAGUUCGACAAGCCGGUGACGGCGGCGGAGCUAAUGCUGGAGCACCCGCAGCAAGCGGUGGUGGAGUUCCAGCCGGCGGUGGCCGGGAAACGGCCGACGCCGUUGCCGGCGGACAAGAAGCUCGAGACGAGGAGGGUUUAUUUGAUGCUUCCAAUGAAGCGAGCUCGGAAGGUGAUGGCUCUGUCGCCGGACGAGAUCCGGAGAGUUCUUCUCAUCGCAAACUCGGCUCUAAUGUCGCGGAAGUCGGCGAAGUUCUUGCCGUUUUUCGCGAGGAUUUGCCCCGCGGUGAGUGUGGCGUCGCCGAAGAAGGAGUACUGUUGGAGUACUGAAACGACGACGUCGACGUCGUUGGAGGAGGAGGAGAAGAAAAAGUACUUUUCGCAGGAGAGUUUGGAGUUAGAAGAGGGAAGUAGUUUAGGUGAUAGGCCGGAGUAUUUGAGCAGGCAGUUGUCGGGGAGGGGUUGGAAGCCGAGUUUGGACACCAUUGAAGAGAAGAUGUUCAAGGUUGAGAAGAGGGUUUCUCAUUGGCUGUUUUGAUGAUUUGGAUUAUUGAAUAUUGAUCGUGUU